GUGAGCGGAGAGCGCGAAGAGUUGGGGGGGGUGGGAGUGAGCGGGACCAGUGAGCCGUUACAAGUUCCGGUUUGCAGCUGCUGCACGUGCCCCUCCAGCGCAUGUCCUCAUGGCGUUUCUGGUCAGACUGCGCCGGUACUUCCGAUGGAGGCCAAGGGCGUGCAGCUCGAGGUUCCUAAGUUGGCCCGCCCGACAGAUACCUGGGACGUCCAUGACCCCAUGGUCCAGGCGCUGCGUGAUCCCAUCAGGGUGAGCGAGCUUGCCAACAGAGACUUUGCAGAGCUGAGCGCGGGGCAGUUUUUGUCGGCGCCGUGUCCCAGAGCAGCUCCAUCUUGCGAGACGCGCUGGACCGGGCUAUGGCAGUCAGGUUACAUCUUCUCACUGGAGUGGUCGCAAGAGGUCAAGGUCCGCAUCUACUGUUGCGCUUGCCCGGCUAAACAUACCGUGCAUUUCAACGGCGAGCAUCUCGGUCUGUAUGCUUGGACUCGAGGAAUCAUCGUCACACAGACUGCCUGCCAAAUGCUGCUCCGUGCGGUGCAGACCGGGGGGGCCUUUGGUGGACAUAUCACAGCUGCCAAUCAGACUCGACGGCUCUUCAAGCCAGAUGCAGUGGUCCUGUCAGAGGAGUCAUGGCGCCAAGCAAGCCUUGACUUCUUCAAGCUGUGUGGGCAAUCGAUCCUGGAAGCAUGUAGCUUGUGUGGCCCACACCCCAUGGUACUCCUCUGUGACGGAAUUGCUGGGCUCGCCUGCGCGGAUGGGGGCAAGCAAAAGGGCGGUCUGGCAGGGACGCAAGCUGCAAAGCUGCGGCCUUUCACGGCGCCCGCUCGAGAUUUCACCGGUGCUGUCGUGGAGAAGGCCAUGGUUGCUGGGGUCAACUUCUGCGCAGCGUCGUUGGGUGGGGCAGGAAUGAAGCGCCGUCUGGUGCAUCAACCCGAGUUGCGGUCACUACUGGCGCGCUACAGUGGUCAUCACCCCAACGACCCCGAGUUGGGCAAGCGUUUGAGCCCUCCGGAAUAUGGCGAGCUGCUGGUUGCUCUCGAUCGCGACGACGUCCAAGUCGUGACCGAGUUCGUCUCCAAUCCGGACGAGGCCGAUGCGGACCCUGUUCUGCUUCACUGGCGGAGGCGCGUUCCGUUGGACCAAGUUGGACAGCUGCGCUCGAAAAACAAGGCUGUGCUGGAGCUGCUUGAUGGGAUCGAGAGGGAAGCAAUGCUAGAGGAGGCGCGCUGGCCACCUCGUUGUCCGGUCAAGUGGUCGGAGCUGCUGUACGGCCUGGGCGCACCGCUCACCGUCUCGGACGAUUCGAACCUCAUUCAACAUAGGCAAGCGCUCGCUGUGGUCCGGAAGUUGCUUCUUGGCGGGGCAGUAGACGACGCCGACAGGGUCGUGCUAGCUGAGCAUUCCCCUAUCCUUCGCCGUAUUCUUGACCACUACAGGGACAGGUUCCCCCCCUUCUUUCUCCCCUCUCUCCAUCAUCUAUACAGACUCACUCUCUUUGGGCGAGGCGCAGUGGGGCUGGGGGUCGGACGGGCGGGGUGGGCGCAUUCAGCCAUCGAGGGCUUGGACGUGUGCGUAUCAAUGCUGCGUGCAAGCAGGAUCGCUGGUACGCCUUUCAGCGCGGCGCAACAGCAAGCGUUCCAGUUCUGGAAGACACGAGCCAACGCUCUGCUCCCGGAAGUAGAAAGCCUCAAGCCGCCAGAGCACUAUGCUCUGCUCCCCGCCGAGCUGAGCAUUCUCAACGAGAGACUGGGUCUUGGCCUUGACGGCUCGGACCCUUUGCCACUUCCUCCGGACCAUUCGUAUGGCCGCGAACAGCGAGAGCUGGGAAGCUACCCAUUGCCGGGCUGGGAGCAGAAGCGGCCGCUCCCGAGGUAUCAGCCUUUUGAAGAUGAGCUGGGCCGUUCGGUUGAGCGGCAGGAGGAGCACCGGUGCCGGAGCGGGCUAACCAUCGAGAGCCAGUGCAUUUUGCUGAUGUGCGCUUUAUCGUCGAUCGGUUCCACUUCCAGCGGACUUCAGCGGAGGCUCACAAGUGCGGUCCAAGUUUUAAUCCAGAUUACUACGACUCCGUUCGAUGGGUGAACACCUCGGCUGUGGAGAGCUGCAACUCGUUUCUGGUCAAAUUUAGGACGUUAGCAUGGUACAGUAGCCUUACUGCUUUUCUAAUUAUACUAGCUAAUCUUAUCAGCGGGCGAAACACCGAGCUUGCUAGAGUUGAUGACGCAAAACUGCGGAUAGCUGGCAGAGUUGACAGGUGGCAACCAGCCAUACGGCAUUGGCUUCUUAUGUUGUAGAGUGUUGCAAAAGAUUGUAGAGUGAUUUCUGAGGCAAUCCGUUCGCAGACAAAAGAAGACAGUAUGUGAAUUUUCUUUUUUUCUAUGUUCUCGUCCUGUGUGAAAUAAGGCACAUUACCAGCAACUAUUUCAACCGGAGACCAGAAAGCCAAAAGACC